GGAGUCAAUUGAAGAGGAAGCAAGUCAUUUUAGUGCUAAUUUCACUGCCAAUUUAGUGCGAAUUGGACCUCGUUUCUGAGUUCCCCUGCCCAACGAGACUGUGGUUUUUACUGAGGAAAAGUGCGUGACGUGGGCCACGCGCAAAAAUUAAAGUUCAAUUUCUUCCGAAAAACUGAGUUGGCUUAAAAGGAAAAGCUCCCAGUCGGCGGACAGUCUCCGAGUCAAUUUCAGAGAAAGUGAGGUCAAAAGGUUGUGGAGGAGGAGUCGCCGCCCAAAAAAUUUGCUCCCUGCGACCAAGGGAUGAGUUAAGGACAUUUUCUUCACACCAGCAGGAGGACCAAACUCAUCCUCAUAUUGUCGUCAUUUUCAUCACCGGAACGUUAGUUUAGUCGAAGAGAAGACGUCGUCGUCACGAAAAACAUCGUCAUGCCACCGAAAAAGGCGAAAAGGAACUCCAACAUGCAGUUGGAAAGUUUGCAGUGGGCCCUUCGCAAAAGGGGGAUUCGUCCAACGGGAACGAUUCAACAAAUGGAGAAGAAACUAGCGAAUGUGAAGCUGGAAGAGGAGAAAGUACGUAAUAUGCAAGCCAAUAAUGCCAAGAAUAGGAAGACGUCGACAGCGUCUAACGGGUCGGGCAGUAUUCCCAAGAACAAUGGGGGUGCCAAGGUACGACAUGGAUCGGGAGGAGCGACAGCGCAAGGGAUGGCCGAUUUACAGGACCGGUUUCAAAUCGUACUCUGGCGGCGUCCAUUACAAACGAUUCACUACUUUUUUCGAGAAAUUCCUUGUGCUGUGAACGAUGCGGGGAAACGGUUCAUAUUUUCGCUAUACGAUUCGAAAAAGCGGACUAUACCGCUAAGUAGAAAAAUCGUCCUCUUUAUGACUAUUGCGGCGAUUUUGUACGGACUACAUUUCAUUUUUGGGAGGGAUGAACCUCAGUCGAUUAAGGCUCGUGAAAACGUGUAUUGGUACGGUUAUUGGAUAAUUCUCGGAAUCUUAUCUUCUGUCGGACUUGGGACAGGGCUGCACACAUUUGUUCUCUAUCUCGGACCAUUUAUUGCCAAAGUUGCAUUAGCUGCGGAUGAAUGUGGAACCUUGGACUUUCCCAAGCCCCCAUAUCCUGAUCAAGUAAUGUGUCCGGAAGAUCCAGACUUUACCCGUGGGAUCGUUUCCGUCUACGACAUUAUUUGCAAAGUCCGCUGGGAGUCGCUCAUGUGGGGGUUUGGAACCGCGUUGGGAGAACUGCCUCCAUUUUUCAUGGCACGGGCAGCCAGAGUCUCAGGAAUGGUGGAUGAUGAGGAUCUUGAAAAAUUUGCGGAAUUGUUGCAACGUAAAAAGCGAGGAGAUCCGAAGAGCUUGAGUAUCAUUGAACGAGGAAAACUCUUUAUGGAGGAUCUCGUCGAGAAAGUCGGGUUCUGGGGAAUCUUAGCCUGCGCCUCUAUUCCAAACCCGCUCUUUGACCUGGCCGGGAUAACCUGUGGCCAUUUCCUAGUGCCAUUCACGACCUUCUUUGGUGCCACGGUAAUUGGGAAAGCCAUCAUUAAGGCUCACCUCCAAAUGGCCUUCGUCAUCUUGGCCUUCAACCAAGACCUACUGGAUCGAGUCGUCACUCUCAUUCGUACCGUUCCGCAGUACGGCUCUCAGAUAAGUGAUCCGUUCGUUGAGUAUAUUUCUCAUCAAAAGGCCAACCUUCACAAUAAGACUAAUGCGUCAGGCGAACCUGGACACAUUGCGUACGUCCUGGACAAAGUCGUCAUGCUAGUCGUGAUCUACUUUGUAAUUUCCAUCGUCAAUUCCAUGGCUCAAGCUUACCACAAGCGCAUCUGCAGGGAGAAAGUAAAGCACAAAUCUUGAGAUGAUACAGAUUCCUAAGAACAAAAUUCAAUACAGCACGUGAUUCAACAUUCAUCAAUAUCAACAUAUUUUUACAAGCAAAAAAAAUAUGUCGAUCCGUUAUAAAAAAUCAUCAUCCAAUCGUUGUAUCCGAGUCAGCAACAAUAUUUAUAUUAUUAACUAAAAUAAGGCUACUAAUAUUAUGAUAAUUAGGCAGUAACUAAGGUUAAACGCUAAGAAGUCAUCAUGUCUCAGUCAGUAUCUAUCUUAAAAGUACCACACCAUUCCUCUUAAAAUGCUACUCUUUAGUUGUUAGUUGAUUCAAAUUCAAGUGAUAUAUUUUACGUAGACGUGUUUGUUAAGUACAUCGUUCUUGCUGUAAGUGAAAGUAUAUAUGUUUGCUAUAUGUUAUGUGAAUGCGAUUGCUGCAACAAAGUGUAGAUGCUUGACUGACUAGGUUAAGAAAAAUGCUUGAAAAUAUUAGAAUCACAUCGUGUCAAAAAUGUCAUGUAAAAUAUUGAAACAAUUCACUUCACAUCACUCUUUCCAAGUAUUCCAAUACAUCACUUGUUAAUGUUGUUACAAAACUUUCAACGCCCUUCACUUCAUGGUACCCGUUUUACACAGUUCGACUAAUCUGUAAUAAUUUUCUGUACUUUUUCGCAAUUCGGUUAUUUUAAUUGCACAAAAUUUCCUCAGUUUACAAAGGUGGCGUGAUAACAAUCAAUAUUAUCCCGUCAUUUCCUUCUCUAUAUGAUGAUUAUCUGUUUAUCUAUCUUCUAACUAGGAUUACGUAUUUAACUACUCUGCUAAAGUGAAACUAAUAUAAGAACAAUUUUGAAAUACAAACAUGUACACAAAGAGUCGUCCACCAACCUUAUCCUUGAACUUUUUAAACCAAACCCAGCUCCACAACCACUCAAACCACGACUGAACUAAAUAGUUGUGUGAUCACAGUAGAUAUAGAUUUGUAGCACUUGUGAUACAUUUGCAGGCAUAUUUUUGUAAGUUUGCCUUAUUUAUGUGUUAUUGGUUUUUGGUGGGUCACUUUGUGACGGAAAUUUCAUGAGCAACUUUAUGAUCUGGUUAUUUAACUAGUUAUUUAGGAUAUUAUACAAAAAAUAAAGUAAAAUAAGAAACCGUGUUGUUGUUUUAGUAAUUUUAUUAUAAUAAAAUUGAGUUGACUAUUA